AUGGCCGUGUCGGAGAGCCAGCUCAAGAAGAUGGUGUCCAAGUACAAAUACAGAGACCUAACUGUACGUGAAACUAUCAACGUGAUUACAUUAUACAAAGAUCUCAAACCUGUAUUGGAUUCAUAUGUUUUUAAUGAUGGCAGUUCCAGGGAACUAAUGAACCUCACUGGAACAGUUCCUGUGCUUUAUAGAGGUAAUACAUAUAAUAUUCCAAUAUGCCUGUGGUUGCUGGACACAUACCCAUAUAAUCCCCCUAUCUGUUUUGUUAAGCCUACUAGUUCAAUGACUAUUAAAACAGGAAAGCAUGUUGAUGCAAAUGGAAAAAUAUAUCUUCCUUAUCUACAUGAAUGGAAACACCCUCAAUCAGACCUGUUGGGGCUUAUUCAGGUUAUGAUUGUGGUGUUUGGAGAUGAACCUCCAGUCUUCUCUCGACCUACAGUUUCAGCAUCUUAUCCACCAUACCAGGCAACAGGGCCACCAAAUACUUCCUACAUGCCAGGCAUGCCCAGUGGAAUCUCUUCAUACCCAUCCGGAUACCCUUCCAAUCCCAGUGGUUAUCCAGGCUGUCCUUACCCACCUGGUGGCCCAUAUCCUGCCACAACAAGUUCCCAGUAUCCUUCUCAGCCUCCCGUGACCACAGUUGGUCCCAGUAGGGAUGGUACCAUCAGUGAGGACACCAUCCGAGCCUCUCUCAUCUCAGCGGUCAGUGACAAACUGAGAUGGCGGAUGAAGGAGGAAAUGGAUCGCGCUCAGGCAGAGCUCAAUGCCCUGAAACGAACAGAGGAAGACCUGAAAAAAGGUCACCAGAAACUGGAAGAGAUGGUUACCCGUUUAGAUCAAGAAGUAGCUGAGGUUGAUAAAAACAUAGAACUUUUGAAAAAGAAGGAUGAAGAACUCAGCUCUGCUCUGGAAAAAAUGGAAAAUCAAUCUGAAAACAACGAUAUUGAUGAAGUUAUCAUUCCAACAGCCCCACUAUAUAAACAGAUCCUAAAUCUGUAUGCAGAAGAAAAUGCUAUUGAAGACACUAUCUUUUACCUGGGAGAAGCCUUGAGGCGGGGAGUAAUAGACCUGGAUGUCUUCUUAAAGCAUGUACGUCUUCUGUCCCGAAAACAGUUCCAGCUGAGGGCACUAAUGCAAAAAGCAAGAAAGACUGCCGGUCUCAGUGACCUCUACUGA